UUCCAUCCAGUUUGAAGCAUUACGUUUAUAAACAAUUAAACGUAAAGCAAAUCGUCGCUAAAAAUAUCGUGUGGUAUUUCCAGCACCUCUCACAUGUUUACACCUAUCCUAAACAAUAUUACCAGUUUAGUAUUCUACGCCUAAAAUGAAACUCAUCGUAGCAAUUUUUUUCUUGAUUUCCUCAACAUCAGCCGCGACCGAAUGCUACACUUGUUCAACUGCAACAAAGCCACAAUGUGAAACCCUAUCAGACGUUUCGAUGAUUGAUACGUGCAAAAGCACUACAAACGAAAUUAAUUGCGUCAUGUACAAAUUUAAAUUAAAUACGAAAGAUUUCAUAUACAGAGGGUGCUUAACAAAAGAUAGAACUUGCGAUGACGAAAAAAACUCAUUAAAUCUCGAAAAGAAAGAAGUGCUUGAGUGUAAGUUAUGUGAUACUAAUUUGUGCACAAAUUCGGUGACUCAAAUUAAAUUGCCAAUUAUUUUAACUAUAAUCACAUUUAUUGUACUACAAGUAACUAAUUAAUAAAAGCAGCGAUGAUUAAAGCAAGAAUGAAUGUUAUCGCAGAAACGGAAAAAGUCGUCCCAGAGUCACAAAGAUCCGUUUUACAUAUUUUACACUUUUCCAAUUUUUUAAAAUCAGAAUUUUGUUCAUGUAAUUCCUCACAGAUGUCUUUCGGUUCGCAUGACCUUUUCACUGUAAUAAUUCCAGUCGAAGGAUCUGUAAUUAAAAGUAAUUAAAUCAAAUUAAUUAAAGCAGAUUUAGUGACUUUUAGUUUUAUAAACUGCACAAACUUCCCCUUCGAAACAAUCCUGGGUUUUGAUUUUAUCUUUCCCCCGAGACAAGUCCUCGCACGGCGAGUUUAAAUCCUG